CGGGCGGCAGUGUCGCCAUGGUGACCGGCGGCCGGCUUUGGCAUCUUUGGCUUGAGUUUUCUCUGGCCUCCCGGAAGUGUCCCGCCGGGGGCGGGCCGCGGAAGGUGACUUCCGAGUUCGUAUCGCGCUGGCUGUUGCCACGACGACGGAGCCGUGGGCCAAUAGCGUGCGUCGGGGAGCGGGUUCCCGGCGUGCAGCGCGGCCGCAGGAUCAUGGCGCUGGGACCACGGACGCUGCUGCUGCGGGCGAUCUUGUUCGCUGCCCUGGCUCGGCCUGGCUGGGCAGGCGACGGCGGGUGGCGGCGGGGUGAGCCGGCGGCGGCGGAGGAGGAGCGCUGCACUGUGGAGCGUCGGGCCGACCUCACCUACGCAGAGUUCGUGCAGCAUUACGCCUUUCUCAGGCCCGUCAUCCUGCAAGGACUCACAGAUAACUCGAGGUUUCGUGCCCUGUGCUCCCGCGAAAGGCUGCUGGCUUCGUUUGGGGAGAGUGUGGUUCGGCUGAGCACUGCCAACACUUAUUCUUACCAGAAAGUGGACCUGCCCUUCCAGGAGUAUGUGGAGCAGCUGCUGGAUCCCCAGGACCCCACCUCCCUGGGCAACAACACCCUGUACUUUUUCGGAGACAACAACUUCACUGAAUGGGCAUCACUCUUUCGGCACUACUUCCCACCCCCAUUUGGUCUGCUGGGUACCACUCCUGCUUACAGCUUUGGAAUUGCAGGAGCUGGCUCUGGGGUACCCUUCCACUGGCAUGGGCCUGGGUAUUCAGAGGUGAUCUAUGGCCGCAAGCGCUGGUUCCUUUACCCACCUGAGAAGACACCUGAGUUCCACCCUAAUAAGACCACGCUAGCCUGGUUCCAGGACACAUACCCAGCCCUAGCGCCAUAUGCAAAGCCUCUGGAGUGUACUAUCCGGGCUGGUGAGGUGCUGUAUUUCCCUGACCGCUGGUGGCAUGCUACACUCAAUCUGGAAACCAGUGUCUUCAUCUCUACAUUCCUUGGCUAAUUAGAGUAGAUUGCAGGCAUGCCUGUGUCACGUGAAUACCAGCCCAUGUUCACCUAGUGCUCACAGAUUUUAUUACAGAGACAGUGGCAGCAGCAGUGGCCUCGGCCCAGCCCACCCUCACCUGUUUUCCAGCCAGACAGAACAGGG